AAGCUGUUCCGGGACGACGAGAGGGCUCACUUCCACGAGCAGGGCAAACAGCUCAUACCAUGGAUGGGGGACAAGAACAUCCUGAUUGAUAGGUCGGUUGAACAAACCUAGACGGAAUUGUUAUCCUAACCAACUUUCCUAAUCAGAUCUGUCUUUCGAAGGGACCGAUCGGAUUAUUGUUUUGCUGAAGGCGUAGUUUUCCAAAUAUAACUCACAUGAAAGUACAAGUGUGUGCGAACCAUUUUAUCUAGCUUCCUUAAAAAUGUCAGUUUUGGCCUCAUGAAACCGAAGAUGCAUUAGCUAUUAACAAAAGGUAGCAGAGGCUUCCUCCACUAUUUGGGUCAUAUUUCAACAGUGAACAAGCUCUACAUGAGACUGAAAGUUGUCUAAAAUUGCCCCUUAUAAACUUGCCUCUAAUUUACGGAUACAUCAAUGUACUUGUUUACAGGGCUUUGGACUAUAGAUCGUCUACAAGUUAUAUUGUAUUCAACUUUGUAUUACUUAACUGCCCAUUGCCCUUUUUAAGGGAGGCUUAUGCGUCUUGGUGUAUUUGUAUUUGCUCUGGUAGCUUCAACAUGAGAAUAUUCAGUUAAGUAUUGUAUUCAUUUCAGUUUCUUCCAACACAAUUUGGAUGUAAAAAAACUAAGAUCUCUAAAUGCCUUUCACUAAACUGAAUUCAAAUGAGAACUUCAAACCUUACCAACAAGUCACCAAGAAAUUGAAUUUGUUGAUAAUACCAUGGCAAAUUCAACCCAAACUACUACUGUAUGUCAAAUAUGUGAAUUAAGGUGGUUCACAGUAAUUAAUGUAAAAAUGUAGGCGCUUAUACUGUUGACUGCCAAGUAUCCCAGCUCAGUUGUUUCCCUUUUGCUUUCAGUUGUUCAUUUCUAAUAACAUUUUCUUGCAGGCUGUAGAGCAUGUUGGCAAUGAUGACCUGUAAAAGUAGUUGUUUAUUUGGAAAUAAACCCACUUGAUCCAUGAAGGGGGGGACAUUAUGUUGGCCCUUCAUGGUCUCGUUGAGCCACCUUAAUCUUCUUGGGCCUGUCUCUUGUUUCCAAUGUAUGUGUGUGUCUCUCUAUCACAUAACCAGCCCUUAUUUCCCCAGCUAGUAGCCUAAGGCUAAGGGGUCCUGCCUGACCCCCCAAUGCCAACCCCAGUGCCCACUUCUCUCUUUCGAAGAAGGAACUCUGGAGAGGUGGAAGAGGGGAGCGAACGCAGGAAAAUAUCGUCCGUUUGGGUUCUUACGGAUAGGUAUGAUGGGCGUGGUCACUUACAUGACCUCUCCGAGUACGACGCGGGCUCGUGGAACAGAGACUACCAGCUGUCCGAGGAGGAGGCCAGGAUCGAGGCCUUGUGUGAUGAGGAGCGGUACCUGGCCAUGCACACAGACCUGCUGGAGGAAGAAGCCAGACAAGAGGAAGAAUACAAGCGUUUGAGUGAAGCUCUGGCAGAUGAAGGCACCUAUAACUCAGUGGGCUUCCGCUACAGCGCAGACUACUACGACCCUUCUCAACCCACUGAGGAAGAGGAGGCCAACAGGGAGACUGAAGAAGCAGAGCCACAGGAGAGCGAGGAACCCUACGUGGCACCCCCGGGCCUGGCGAUCCCCCCCGAUGUGGAGCUGCCAGCGACCACCAAAACCCAUGCCAUCAUUGAGAGGACCGCCAACUUUGUGUGCCAGCAGGGGGCCCAGUUUGAGAUUGUUUUGAAAGCCAAACAGUCUGGCAACUCCCAAUUUGACUUCCUGAACUUCGAACACUACCUUAACCCCUACUACAAACACAUCCUGAAGGCCAUGAAGGAAGGUCGCUACACCCCUGCAUCCGACAAGCAGGACUCACAGGACUCUGAUGAUUCUGACGAUGAUGGGGAUGGGAACUACCUCCACCCCAGCCUGUUUGCUCCUAAGAAGAGUUCUCGCCUUGAGGAGCUGAUGAAGCCCCUCCAAGUCAUGGACCCAGACCAUCCACUGGCAGCGCUGAUCCGGAAAACUCAGCAGGAACGUAACGGAGCUGCUGCUGCUGCAGCCGCCAUCAUGGCAACCAAGUCAGAGGAAGUACCCGCAGAGCCAGCUGUGCCCGCCACACCCGCAGAGUACAUCGCUGACCCUAACGUGGCAGCGAUGUACUAUGGGUACUGCAUGCUUCCUGAUGGGACCUACUGCCUGGCCCCACCUCCCCCUGGGAUCGAUGCCAACGGCUACUACAGCUCCCUGCCCUCUGGCAGAAUGUUGGCUCCACCCUCUUACUCUGGAACCCCGCCUCCUCCAGGGACCACGCCCCCUGCACCUCCUGAGCCAUCUACACGGAUCAUCUACACAGCACCUCCGACUACAUUUCCCAUCAUCCCACCACCAACUCCAGUUCCCAGCCAGGUCCCAGUCUGCCUCUCAACCCCUUCUCCUCCUGCUCCUGUUAUUCCUGCUGCUGUCAUACCAGAGACCAGUUCGCGGCCCCAGGCUCCCGUUGCCGUGGCGGCCCCAGUUGCCGUGGCAGCGCCAGCCAUCAUCCCCCCGCCCCCUGACAUCCAACCGGUUAUUGACAAGCUGGCUGAGUACGUGGCCAGGAACGGUGUCAAGUUUGAGACCAGCGUCCGCGCCAAGAAUGACCCGCGGUUUGACUUCUUGCAGUCCUGGAACCAGUACAACACCUAUUAUGAGUUCAAGAAGAAUUACUUCAUGCAGAAAGUGGGAAUCAGCCUGCCAGAGCGUGGCUCUUCAGACGGCCUGGGCCCAGCGGAGGAGGAGGCAGACAGUAUCGGCGUUGGUAACUGUCCCUCUGACAAACAGCUGAAUGAAGGCAAGCCAAUUAAAGUGCCCUUUGCGCCGAUCUGCUUCGCCAUCAAAGCCAAAGAGAACGACAUGCUACCGCUGGAGAAGAACCGUGUACGGCUGGACGACGACUCAGAUGAUGACCCGGACAAGUUGCUGGGCGAGGAGGGUCUGGAGGCCCUGCUGGAGGGGGCGGAGAUGGUGGUCAGAGCGGUCACUGCGACCCCUGAGGAGAAGAGACCCACUCUCACCCUGGAGGAGCUGGAGGCUAAACAAGCCAAGCAGAAGCUAGAGGACCGUCUGGCUGCAGCUGCCAGGGAGAAGCUGGCCCAGGCCUCAAAGGAGUCCAAGGAGAAGCAGCUGCAGGCGGAGAGGAAGAGAAAGGCAGCGCUGUUCCUCCAGACCCUACGUAACCCCCUUACUGGAGAGCCUGAGACCAGACGUCCUGACAAGACCACCGCCAUGCCUGAGCCACAGCUGCCAGAGGUCCCAGCGGCCCCCGUUGUCUCAGCCCCCCCUACCCUGGCUUCUAGAGCACAUGUGUACCCAGCUGAUCAAAGACCACCUGACGUCAGCUCCUUCAAAAGCAAAGAGCCCCCCUCCUCCUCUUCCACCGUCCUGCUACCCUCCUCCUCAUCCUCCUCCACCUCCAGACGACCGGAGAAGAACCGGGACAGAGAGAAGGGCGACAGAGAYAAGAAGAAGAAGAAACGCAAGAAGAGGUCACGGUCGAGAUCGCGCUCCCGGCCUAAAACCAAGCACGCCCUGCCAAGCGCGUACAGAAUGGUACGCAGGUCUAGGUCUCGCUCCAAGUCCCCUGGGAGGAGGGACAGAAGGGCUCACUCGUCCGAGAGGAGACGUGAGGAGAGGGAGCGCUACGGCACUGCCGCCUAUCGCGUUGGCAUCAGCCCCGCUCUGCCCAGGAGGCACUCCAGAUCCAGGUCCCCUCAUGAGAAGAGGAAGAGGAAGAGUUCUAAGGGCAAGCUCCCAACCAAGGGCUCUUCCUGUUCCCCCUCCUCGUACCCCAGAGGAGCCAAGAAGUCCCCCAGCGCCUCCCCUCCCACCAGCCCCACUUCCAGCCUCUCCAGGGACGGCUCGCAGGAAAAAAGAGAAACAAGUGUCCCACAGCCAUCGUCUGCCUCCAUGCAGUCUAAAUCACUCAGGAUCUGAUGGCCAAAGUACGUGCCAUGCUGGCUGCCUCGAAGACCUCCCAGCCCAACACUCCCUGAAGAGGCGUGGCUUUCUAGCAGCUGGUUGGAAAAGGGGUGGAGCUUUACCACGUCUGCCUCUCCAUGACGACAGCCUCCAGCUAAAGGCCCUCGGCCAAUCAGCAGGCAGCGUCUUUGCGCGAAACCGCGUUUUGCGUAUCUUCCUCAUUUUUUCUAUUUUACUUUGAUACUUAAUUGGUUGAGCUUAUCUACAGUGUAUUCUGAACGGCAGUAGAUGUAAAGGAUUUUCUGCAACUGAGAGCAGUGUAGAUUAGCUCCUAAAGCAACUAAAUGGGACUGUUCUACCUGUCGAGAGAGAGCCUGCGUCACAGCAAUGGUCACGUAGCCUGAGAAAGUUGGAACACCUCUGUUCCCGACAUCUGGUUUUCGCACGAAUAAAGACAACAGAGUAUCAAAGCGUGGAAAUAAUUCAUGAAGUACCUUGCAUCUUUCAACAACAACAAAAAUAUAUAAUUUUCUGGAAAGUGAUGAUGGAGAUCUUUGCGACAUAAUUACCCAGCUGCCAGAGGGCCUAAAGCAUAUCCUUCUGUGAAGGAUUGUUACGUUUCUUUCUUUCUCACACUUUCUCUCUCAUCUCCUUCUGUUUUCCUCUUUCUCUUCAUCGCUCUUUCUCUCUCACUUUGCAAGGUCAGUUUUAAGGCUGGGGUCUUUGGUUGUCAGUCCCUGUUGUCACUCAGUUCCAGUGUGUGGUCUUCAAUUUGUGUUUCUAAGUUUGUACAGGGCUGAUUGUGAGACUGCUUUCUAACACAAACUAUCAAUAAAGUUUGAAUGAUGAUUUA